UGCGACGCACCUGCGACAUUUGACAGAGUCCGUUGGCUCAUCACUGACUUCAACGUGGAUGCGCGGCUAAGUGGAUCGUAUACAAUCACUGCGCAAUAUACGCUCUCUACAAAAGUGACAUUAAACAGAGAUCCCAGUCAUUAUACUUUUGAUGUAACAGACCCCAAGUUUCCAUUAACUGUAGCGCCUUUUACACUCACAGAUGAGGGAAGUUCCACCGAGCACAAUUGCAGUAUCCUACGAUGGUACAUCAUACGGUGAUGGGAAUAUCUUUCCGAUCGUGGCUGGUUCCAAUCGUCAAUUCACCUGCACAACACCUGGCGUCAAACCAGCAGCCAGCUUCACCUGGACCCUACCCACAAGCAUCACUACAGACCAGCCACUAGGAUCUCAGACAGAUACUCCUAAUAGCGGUGACAGCAGGUUGACAGACAGCACCAACACGAUCACUGUAGACAUCGCAGGGACACCAGCUACUGCUCAGCUGACGUGUGGUGCUACCAAUAGACAAGAUGGACUGACGGACACAGAGAUUGACCUCACUGUGACCCUCCAAGUGAGAGUGCCACCCAGUGUAGUGAAGCUGUCAGACUCUGAUGGUGAAAAGACUCAAGGAGCGACAGUAACUGUUGACCAGGGAUCAUCACACACUUUCAGUUGCUUGGUGCAGGGUACCAGACCAGCUGCUACCAUCCAGUGGCUCGUCGAUGACGUAAUGCAGUCCAACGGGGUUGGAAUCCCGACUUCAACUGAAACCAACCAGCUGUUUGACACAACAGGCACCUGGACAUUCACUCCAAGCAGAGCCAAUCACAAACAGGAGGUGAAGUGUGCAGCAAACACUGCAGAGUCGCAGCCACCGUACUCUAAUGUGGCAAUUACACUGGAUAUCAACGGACCCCCUGACACUCCCGUGAUUUCUGGAAUUGCAUCAAUGACUGAAAAUGUUCCAGCUACACUGACGUGUACAGCAGACAUGGGAUAUCCCAAUGACUGGACUCUGGUUUGGUCCAAUGGAGGCUCACCAGGUCCAACUACGAGCUCGUCAGCAUCAGGUGAUCGCUACAGCUUCACCGGCACGCUGGACUACACACCAAUGAGACAGGAUAAUGGAAACAUCAUCACGUGUGUAGCACAGAGAGAUUCAGGAAUGCGUAGUAGUGAAGGGAGGCUGCCCAUCGACGUUCAAUUUUGUGCUGGAGCAGUAAGCGUCAGUUGUCCAUCAAGUACAGCAUCAGGUAGCAUCGUGCAACUAUCGUGCAAUUCAGGCAGCAGCAACCCAGCAACCUCACUUGUUUGGUCCAAGAACGACGUGGUCCAGUCUAACCCAAGCCAACCAGUAUUUACUGAUGGAGACUACGGUGGCCGAGAGACAACACUCAGGUUGACAACAGGGGCACUGACCAAGGCAGACAACGGAGCUGUGUACCAAUGCUGCCUUAUAAAGACGUCGCUAUGCAAUAUGGAUAAGUGCGACUCGUGUUCGUUGAAUGUUGAAUACCGCCCGGAGUUUUCUUUGCCAACAAUUAUGCCAACCGGUCCUAUCGUAAAGGGCGGCAGCAUAGUACUGUCCUGCAGCGCAGAGGCCAAUCCUCAGCCCCCUGAUUUCAUCACAUGGGAAAAGGUCGGGUCUCCUGAUUCCCUAACCUCUGUCUACAGCGAUGGAACAAGCACCCUGACACUAAGCAGCAUCAACAGGGACGACGCUGGGCCCUACAGGUGUCGCGGAAACAAUGGUGUACCACCUGUUGUCUUUUCAGGCUCUGUUGACGUCAUCGUGCACUAUGAAGUAAGCAUCCUAAAUAAGGUCGACACAUCAGUGGGGGCCAAAGAUGGUUACGAUGCUACUCUUGUAUGUGAAGGCAAGGGUAAUCCCCUCCCUCGAAUGACAUGGUUGCGUCCAGACGGUGUGGAGUUAACCAAUGAGACCGAACCUGGAAGGAUAUUUCAGUAUGAUACCAUUCCUGAGGGGGAUGAUGUAUUUGGAUUCACCAUCAGGAGUACCUUGCACAUCAAUCGAGUGACUGGGACUGGAGACUACGGAUCUUACACUUGCAACAGCGGUAAUGGAAUAGGAAUGGUUGACACACUGACCAUUGUGUUGAACGACAAAGUCACACCGUUACCACCGGAAAAUGUGUCCAUCGACCAGGGUACAGUCACAGCGACAUCUGUCACAAUAACUUGGCGUCCUGGCAUCGACGUCGGCGAACCUCAGUGGUUUUAUGUCAACAUCCGGGAAGUUGACACAACGACAGGGUUUGAUCCCAGCACUCGGGUGAGAAUCUCCGAUGGCGUCGUGAUGCACGUGAUUGAUGGUUUGAGUCCGUACACCAAGUAUGAGAUCGAGGUUUAUGCUGAGAAUGCUAACAGCGUAAGCCAAAACGUCAGAAGGACUGUGACAACUCUACCUGAUACGCCAGAAAAGUUAGAUAUCUCUGUGACCACAAAUCAAGAGACUGGAAUCAUCUCAGUUGAUGGCAUUCCUCAAGAUGGCGACACCUCGUCGUGUUUGCGGCUUGAUGCACGUCUAACCAAUCAAGAUGAUUGGUUUGACUAUGGCGAGUGUCUUGAGUCAAAUACAGACUUGGCUCUACGCGAGGCUCGAUCUAGAUACUGCUAUGGAGACUUGUGUAGUCAGGCGACUACUGCACUAACAGUUGCAGGACAGUCAAGUAAUGCAGGAUUAAUCGCUGGCAUUGCGAUUCUGGCCAUCAUUUUAUUACUCAGCGUUGCACUGAAUGCUGUGGUAAUCAUGUACGCCAAAAGAAGAGGACUAAAACCAGAAACCAAGAAACGUAUUUCAAUACCGAAAUUCAAGCCAGAACACAAAGGAGGUGUCACCAACGAAGCAGUGGAAUACCAAGACUUGGACGUACCCCUACAAAUCCUGGCCGUAGGCGGGAGCCCCAACCCAGCUGCGUCGACUUACGCCAGCAUUUCUGAAACUCUCGCGGAGUUCUCGCGAGAAAAGCUGACGAUCGUUCGUGAACUUGGACAGGGCGCCUUCGGGAAGGUUUUACUUGGGAAUGCAAACGGUAUCGUCCAGCAGGGAACUGUAACGCAAGUUGCUGUCAAAACUCUAAGAGACGACGCAGAUAUCACGGAGAGAGGCGAUCUGCUCCGGGAAUUGGACUUCAUGAAAAAGCUUCCGAGUCACUCUAAUGUCGUCAAACUCCUCGGAUUCUGCAUUGACAGAGAUCCAAUUUAUAUCAUCAUGGAGUACAUGUCCAAAGGUCAACUCAAGGAACUAUUGACGAGUAGUCGAGGCAAAGGCAAGUUGCAGGUGUAUAGCAACCUGCACGGUAGAAGCAAAUCUCUGACGUCUAAGGACCUCAUCAAGUUCGCUACAGACGUUGCUGAUGGAAUGGCAUUCCUAGCUUCACAUCAGUGCAUUCACAGAGAUUUGGCGGCCCGUAAUGUCCUUGUGGGUGAGAACAUGAUCUGUAAGGUGUCUGAUUUCGGACUCGCUCGUGACGUCACGAAUAUGAGAGUGUACCAACGAAAGUCUGAGGCUCGGUUACCUGUUCGUUGGAUGGCCCUGGAAUCGGUUGUUGAUGACGUAUACACAACAGAGAGUGACCUAUGGUCUUAUGGCAUACUUCUGUGGGAGAUUGUUACUCUUGGUGCUCGUCCUUAUCCCACCAUGAGCUUCAAGACAAUGAUAAGCAAGCUGCAGGAGGGAUACCGCAUGCCAAGACCAGAACAUUGCCAAGAUGAACUGUAUCAAAUGAUGCUGGCUUGUUGGGAGGAGGAGCCCACAGCACGACCGUCUUUCACUGAGAUUGGUCAGAAACUUGAGAAAUUGUUGGAGGGAGGGCAUGAUUACAUAACUCUGUCAGACUACCAAGAAUUUGACUACGAAGUGACGAUUCCUGAUUCUCCUGAUGAGAAGGUCUGAAAACACUGAAGAUCAUAGUUUACAUAGGAAGACAGCGGUUACACUAGAACAGUUUCAUCAAACUAGCUACUAUUACAUAAUACCGUGGUCAUGAGCACUUGUUCAUGCAUAAAAACUAUAACCCUCACGGCAGUUUUACUUGUACACAUUUAUGUCAUAUCUCGGCCAUUUUAGUUGCCUGACACAAUCAAAAUGCUAAAUCAUGGCACGUUAGAUAUGCUACUGUAACAGUGUAUCACGAGGUGUCUGAUUUAUAUACUAUCGCACAAGCCCGAAACUGCCUACGCCGGCCAAAUCACAAUUUUCAUUCUCAACAAUUCUCCGGUAUUAGAGUAUUUUGAAAGGGUUGUGAGUAUUUUUAGUAAUUUUGGGAAGCGUGUUAUUAUCACUGACGUCUAUGCCAGACUAUUUACUUAUCUGUAACCCUAUGGUUUCCUUUUCAUCCUGUGAGGGCGCACUAUUAUGAAACAGGAUGUAGAGGCCCUGGAAGAACAACGAUGCGUGAUCUGCCGUUGAGAUGUACAACAGAUAGCUUUUUUGUUUAAAUCAAGACUAAUACCAUCGUACAAUCGUAGCUAUAGAAGAGCCUAUUAAUAAGUUAAAUUACCCCAUGUCGAUAACAGUUCCUGAAACUACUCGUUAAUAACGAUGAUUGUUUCCCAAGUUUUUAAUAGUUACUUAUACUGUGGCCGCUAUGGAUAAUGUAUUUGUCCAUUAAUGUACAGAAUGGGGAACCGUUUGUCACAACAAUGCAUUGCUUAUCCGUUUCAUAUGUCGUAAUAGCAACAGAGGCAGUUCAUCGCUUUUAGGGAGAAUACCUUACCCUAAGAUGUGUUAAUCGUGCAAAGGAAUAUAAAGAUUCCACCUGCUGGAACCGGCAACCACGUUAAACGUCCUGGGGUUUAAGUCGUUGUUGCGCUUGGUGGGAUAGGGUGAUCCAAAACGACUUGGUAUCCGAAUGGUUGGCCUUUCAUGUCAAAACUAAAGGAAAUACUUUCAUCAAUGAUUUAAAAUCAGACAUUUCGAAGGCCCUGUAGCAAAUAAUAAUAGACUAUAAAUAAAUAAUAAUAAUAAACGAAGUCACGUUUUGAAAAAAGAACUUGCAUA